GCGCCUGCGCAGAGCCGGGCGCCCGCCGCCUGUCCUGCGUGAGGGGGCGGUGAAGAAGGCAGCGAGCAGAUGGAGGAGGGGAACCGGCUCGGGGGCGGGACGGAGGCGGCGGGCGAAGAGGGCGAACCCGAGGCGAAGAAGCGGCGGCUUCUGUGUGUGGAGUUUGCCUCGGUCGCGAGCUGCGACGCCGCCGUGGCCCAAUGCUACCUGGCCGAGAACGACUGGGAGAUGGAAAGAGCGCUGAAUUCCUACUUCGAGCCGCCGGUGGAGGAGAGCGCCUUGGAAAGCCGCCCUGAGACCACCUCUGAGCCUGAGACCUAUGUUGACCUAACCAAUGAAGAAACAACUGAUUCCACUAGUUCUAAAGUCAACCCAUCUGAAAAUGCUCAGCAAGAAGAUGGCAGCAUGUUCUCUUUCAUUACCUGGAAUAUUGAUGGAUUGGAUCUAAACAAUCUGCAAGAGAGGGCUCGAGGGGUGUGUUCCUACUUAACUUUGUACAACCCCGAUGUGAUAUUUCUACAGGAAGUUAUUCCCCCAUAUUACAGUUAUCUAAAGAAGAGAGCAAGUAAUUAUGAGAUUAUUACAGGUCAUGAAGAAGGCUAUUUCACAGCUAUAAUGUUGAAGAAAUCGAGAGUGAAAUUAAAAAACCAAGAGGUUAUUCCUUUUCCAAGUACCAACAUGAUGAGAAACCUUUUAUGUGUGAAUGUGAGUGUGUCAGGAAAUGAACUUUGCCUUAUGACUUCCCAUUUGGAGAGCACCAGAGGGCAUGCUAAGGAACGAAUGAAUCAGUUAAAAAUUGUCUUAAAGAAAAUGCAAGAGGCUCCAGAGUCAGCUACAGUUAUAUUUGCGGGAGAUACAAAUUUAAGAGAUCAAGAAGUUACCAAAUGUGGUGGUUUACCCAACAACAUUUUGGAUAUCUGGGAGUUUUUGGGCAAACCUAAGCAUUGCCAGUAUACAUGGGAUACACAAAUGAACUCUAACCUUGGAAUAACUGCUACUUGUAAGCUUCGUUUUGAUCGGAUAUUUUUCAGAGCAGCAGCAGAAGAGGGCCACAUUAUUCCCCGAAGUUUGGACCUCCUUGGGUUGGAAAAACUGGACUGUGGUAGAUUUCCUAGUGAUCACUGGGGUCUCCUAUGCAACUUAGAUGUAAUAUUGUGAAAUGCUUUCAAAUACGAGUUUUAAAGGUAGUUUUAUUUUGGGUUUUUGCAAAUAUAAUUUCUACUUUCUGGAAAGGUAGGUUUACUAUGGAUGGAGGAAUUAAUGUACUGGAUCAUAGUAACAGAAAAAAAAACAACUAUGAUUUUAUUUUGUGAUUGUGUCCUCAGAAUUCAAGAUUAAAGAUUAAUGUUUAUUUAAACUAAAGCAUACCCGUGUUCAGAAUGUGAGGUCUUUUAAUGAAAAAGGCACAAAGCCUGUCAGAGUUCUUAAUAGUGUUUAUAGCUGCUGGCUGGAUUACAAGCAGGGGCCACAUUGUCUUUGGGCUAAAUAAGUCUUCAAAAGAAAAAAGAUGACUGAGUCUUUGGGACUGGAUCUUUUAAUUAUAUUUCAUAAAUUCAGAUAAUCUUAAAUGAAAAAGGCAUGAUCAUCUGUAGUUACGUAGAUGACAACUAUCCUACGUCAGACUUUAUUUUUGUCAGCUAACAGUACAUAAUUGGUAAGGUAUAAAUGAUUUGAUUCAUUUUUGUAGUUGUGUUAACCAACAGAGGCAAAGUUAGGCUUGAUAAUGAUUGAAAUCAGUUUUAUAGCACCAUGGGAUUUUUUUGCUAAGACAAAAAUAAAUGUGUAAAGAGAAAUAGCCUUCUAGUUUUGUUACUUGUGAAAUGGAAAUAUAGGAAGUGAAUAAAGAAUACUUUUAAGUAUGC